AUGUCUCUAAGAACAUUUUAUUCUAGUGUUGUUGCACCCAUUCCUGUUCAAUUUGUCCUAGACAACUUACAAUAUAAGUUUGAAGACGAUAUUCGCCACUACAAUCAUCCCCGCUGGACUGCUAAUGAAUCUAACUUGCUCUCCAUAGGAGACUUCACCAGUCAGGAGAGGCAAAGGGUGCUAGGCCAGUCUGCUUAUCUAGCGCGAGCUUCAGCAUGUGGUCCCUCCCUGUCCAUCUCAGGAAGGCAUCCUCCAAGUUGCCGGGAGCAUGCUUAUAAAAAGGGAUUCCUUCGCUCCGUCAUCCGAACUUACCGAGAUGCAGGGCACGAAGCAGUCACGAAAGAACUUUCUCAGCUAAGAAAAGCUUUAGCUACCGAUACCCAAGACACAGCCAGAAAGGAUUAUUUCCAUAAUGCACCUGUGCUUGAAGUCGACAGACAGAUUGAGCAACCACCCGGUCAGGUUGAUGUUAAGGACUCUAACAGUAGCGGCUUUGACGGUGAGGAUUGGGAACUUCCCAUCCUUAAAUACGUCUUCUCUGAGCGAGCACGGCUCUGUUUGCGCCAAGCAAGCUCUGUGAGCCGAGUCGGCGAGGCGAACAGGUUAAGUGGGAUUCAGAAGCUUCAUUGCCUCCUGAACAGGAAUUCACGAUCUGUCCAACAGAUGUCUGUAUUGUCUGUUGCGGUCUAUCUCGCCGCUCAGCAUCUAACCCCCCCUCUCCAUAAAUUUCCCCGUAAGCGAAAAGAUUCUCUCCGUCGCCAUCUUAUCGAUUGUUGUCAGAUGACCCGGAUAUUCGGCGAGGCAGAAGAUAGGCUAUUCGAUCUCGAAGGUCAGCCAGUCACCUCAUCUUCUUAUCAGCGCUCAAUAGCCAUCAUGUUAGCUCACAAAUCGCCCAGCCAAAAAAAGUUUAUAAAACCCGGCUUUUGA